GAGACGUGGCACAUAAACAGAGAGAGGAAGCCAGCAGCUAGCAGAGAGUCAGGUUUACUGAUGACAGCUCCUGGAGCCGCCUCUCAUGUGCGUUUGACAAGGAAGCUUAAAUGACAGUCGUACAUUACCUGAAACGAACGGGGCUUGAUUAGAGUCUGUGUGACAGCGCAGGUGGCUAUGGGUCUCUGCAAGUGUCCGAAGAGAAAGGUGACCAAUCUAUUCUGCUUUGAGCAUCGUGUUAAUGUGUGCGAGCAUUGCCUCGUCUCCAACCACAACAAGUGUAUCGUGCAGUCAUAUUUGCAAUGGCUUCAGGACAGCGAUUACAAUCCCAACUGUACUCUGUGUAAUACUCCACUGACUGCUCAAGACACGGUCAGACUGGUCUGCUAUGAUGUGUUUCACUGGUCUUGUCUUAAUAACUUGGCAUCUCGGCUGCCACUCCAUACGGCUCCAGCGGGAUACCAGUGUCCCGCCUGUCAGGGUCCAGUGUUUCCCCCUUCCAACCUGGCCAGCCCAAUUGCUGAUGUGCUGAAAGAACAGCUUUCAUCUGUUAACUGGGCUAGAGCUGGUUUGGGCCUGCCACUGAUUGAAGAGCCCGUUGGGGUACUUGAGGAGACCGCAGCCAAUGAUGUCACUGAUUAUACUGACUGGUCAACAUUUGAUGCACAAGAACAAAGUAACAUUUACCCCAGCCACUCUUUCAACACCAACACCAGCCUCAGCCCACCAUCAAAUUCUGUCUCAGCUCCACCACAGGAAGACCUUGCAGGUCCACGUAAAAAUGGGGAUCCAAAUAUGCAGGAGCACUCUGUGGUCAACUUAAGUACUGCCCCCACCUGUGACACAAUUACAAUACACACAGCAUCGUCACCCAGAAAGAUCUAUGACACACGGGAUAUCGGUCACAGCUCUGUCACACAGAUUGAUUUUGACGAUGACAAGUACCGGCGACGGCCAGCAUUGAGUUGGUUUGCUCAAAUUCUCAAGAAUCGCACAGGUGGAAAGCGCACAUCUUUCUCCUGGAAACAGCGGGUCUUCAUGCUUCUUCUGGUCGGAGUUCUGGGAUUCUUUACAUUGAUAAUCAUCAUGGCUAAACUUGGACGUGCCUCCGCUGGCUCAGACCCAAAUUUAGAUCCUCUUCUUAACCCCAACAUCCGUGUGGGGAAAAACUGAUUACAAGCAUCAAUUCCUUCUUUUCCCUCUGUGUUACACAAUAAAAGCCUGUGUAGGCCGAGCUGAAAUGGGACUUUCCACUACAUGGUUAGCCCAACAGAGGGAGCCGUUUACCCAACUUGAAUGGAAAAGUGAGAGACAGUGCAGCUCUUUAUGAUGGAGGCAAUCUCUGGCUCCAUUCAUUUACAUCAGGCUUGCCAGGGCACUUCACAGACCAUUAAAAAAAUCCAAACUCCAAAGGUGACCAAGCCCCGGUGCAUAUACUGUAGACAAAGGAUCCAGUAAUUGUUACUUUGAAAAGCUAAUGAUGAAAAGCGGUAAUAUUUAUAUUUACAAUUCCAGCUAACAUUUGUCAGUGAUCUUUAUAAGUGGAUUUUUUUUAAGUUAAGUAGAAACUAAAUAAACACUGUCGAUGUUGAAAGAACAUCUUUUGCUGGCAGGAAGGUCAGAAUGUAUAUAAUCAACAAUGAAACGUUCAUUAACUUCUACACCUUCAUAAACUGACUCCACUUGCUGGUUUGAUUUGAGCGGCCUUGUGCGUUUCUCCUUCAGAGAAGCUGUGGCCAGAACUGGAAUCAAAUAUACCCCACACUUAAUUAAUACAUAACUAUUUAUGGGUGUCUGCAUUACUUCUGAAAUUGAGUGCAUUGCUUUUAGAUUUGCCGUACAUACUGUAUGUACAUUUUCCUGAUGUUUUUUUUUUGACUGUCAAUUAAAUGGGAAUACUACAGAAUUUCAGUUUUUUAAAGUCUAUUAAACAUGACCAUUAUCUACUCGUGCAAAGGCUCACUCAAGAGUGAGGAAUUUCGGAAAUGUCAGUUGUAUGCAACAAAAAUGUUGUUAUUCCACUGCCCAGCUGCUAGCUGUAAGCAGCAUAUUUAUGCUUCCACAGACCAGUGGUAAUAACAGUCAACAAGAUCCCACACAAUAGAUGCAGUGUGUCCACUACAUUGUAAAUUGUCGCACUCCUUUUCAAAGCAAUAUUUGCACUAAAGUCACAACAUUUAUGAAUAUUUACUUUAAAAAUACAGAUCACUGGAGGACUGGCAGCAAGUAACCACUUACUCUCUUUUACAGCUUAUUACUGCAGCAUGACACUACCUACAGUAGGCCUAUAUGUCUGUCUCUAAUAAAAAAAAGUGUUCUUUCAAAGAUGCAGUUUGUACCUUAUUUUAACAGGUGGCCGGUAAAAGUAAAGGCUUCACUUUGAUUUAGACCAUCUUUGAACAACUGCAAUGCUGCGUUGUAAAUAGAAGCUCGUAUACAGUCACAAGUUUUGUGUAUGUGAUUCAUAGCUGUGUCAUCAGUCUCUGUGUUAAUACGAUAAUGUCUUUUUUUGGGAGCAGACAUGAUUCUUGCACAAAGAAUGAGGAAUGGACUCUAAAUAAAGAAAAGCUGGAUAUUAGAUACUCCAACUUUGAACUGAA